AUGACCGUUCAAGGAUGUUCAGUGAUCAGCCACGAGGAUCCGAACUACUGGCAAAACCCUCACAAAUUUAACCCGAGUCGCUUCUUGGACGACAGUGGAAAGUUUGUGUCCCAGAAGGAAGGUUUCUUCCCAUUUGGAACAGGUCGACGUCAGUGUCUGGGUGAGUCUCUGGCCAGGAUGGAGUUGUUUAUCUUCUCAGCAGCGCUGCUCCAGAACUUCACCUUCUCUCCACCAGCCAUGACACACAUUGACUUGUCUCCUCAAACACUUCCACUCUCGCAGUUCCCAAAAUAUCAGGAUAUUCUCAUUACUAUCAGGAAGUAGUACAGUAGUAUACUGAAGUUAGUUUAAUAUCUUUGUUAUGCACUCACAACCAUUAUGUGAAUGGCAAUUAUAUUUAAUUUCAAGGCUGCCCACAAUGUUUCAAGGCUGCCCAUAAUGUUUCAAGGCUGCCCACAAUGUUUCAAGGCUGCCCACAAUGUUUCAAGGCAGCCCACAAUGUUUCAAGGCUGCCCACAAUGUUUCAAGGCUGCCCACAAUGUUUCAAG